UCGACACAGACAUCGUCUUCAACAUGGCGAAGCAUCAUCCCGACUUGAUUUUCUGUCGCAAACAAGCCGGCGUAGCCAUUGGCCGCCUCUGUGAAAAAUGUGACGGUAAAUGUGUGAUAUGUGACUCGUACGUGCGUCCGUGCACGCUGGUUCGUAUCUGUGACGAAUGUAACUAUGGAUCGUAUCAAGGCCGAUGUGUCAUAUGUGGUGGCCCAGGAGUUUCAGAUGCCUACUACUGCAAGGAGUGCACUAUCCAAGAAAAGGACAGAGAUGGCUGUCCCAAGAUUGUGAACCUCGGAAGUUCGAAAACAGAUUUGUUCUACGAAAGAAAGAAAUACGGUUUCAAAAAAAGGUGACAUACGUGUUCUGAAGCCUUUUCGAAAAACCUGCAGGCUUCCCCAACCAAUGAUUUGCUGUAUAUCAUCCUUUUUUGACGAUGUCUCAUCACAUUAAACCAUUUCUGUUGACCAGUCAACAAAGGUG